AUGAUCGAGAUCCCCGAUUUAGACGAUGUUGUCCCGCACCCGGGAGCAGCGACGUCCCGGGCGCUCCAGGGGGGCUACCGGUACCCGAUAGCCACUGACUUUGUCGACAAAGUGGCGGCGCUCGACCUCAGUGACGAUGAGGAGGGCGACACCACCGCCGACACCCUACCCCAGAUGCCAGCGGCGCUCCCACCGGCGCCGCUAAGCCCGCUGAUGGCUCACUUCACUCAGCUACCUCCUCAGGGCUCUAGUGCUAGUGCCAGUGCUGACGUCGAUAUCACCCCGGUGGAACUCAAUAACCUGACGCUCAGUUCAGGCCCCAGCGAAGUCGUGGACACGCUGACGGUGCUUCCACGAGUGAUAGAGAUGCCUGAGCUUGACCAGGAGCUGGUGGGGGUGCGUAUCCCAUCAGCACCGGUGGAGUUUACUUUUGGCGGCGCCGGCGACGCCGACAACGACCUCCUCCCCACCACGACGCCGUUACCGUUCCACGACCAGCGCCAGGCGCUCGUCACCGACUACAAAACCCCCACCGAAUACACCUUGCACAUCAUCUUCACCCAGUUUGUCCGCAUCGCCGAGAUUAAGCUCUCCCAGUGCGCUGACCACCCCCUCCAUGAAGACGCUCCUGUCGCCGAUACUCUACGAGCCGGGGCUGAUCCUGCGUUUGAUAAAGUGGUGGCGCUGCUUGGGUUUAUCGCUAAGAAUAAGCCGAAACCAGUUAUAGACCUGGUGAUGUUCUGGCGCAAGCUGAAGCUGGAAAUGGCAGCGAUGGCAGCAGUGGACCUUGAGCGGGUGAUGGCGCGCCAGCAGCUGAUACUGCCGAACCCGCUGCAACCUGGUAUCGCUAAACGACUGGUAUCGUCCCAGGCGACGCUGCCGGCACUGACAGCGCCGCUGCUAGGGCUGAGGGCUAAACGGCUGUUGUCACUUAUGCGUACUAAGUCGUUCCCUAAGUUUGGCGCUGGCGGCGCUCACCGGCGCAACCAGCUGACACUGGCGCUCGCCGUCACACCGCCACUGGCGCUGGGCGACGCUCACCAUGGCGACGACUACUUCACACCGCCAGUGGCCAACCAACAGGUGUCCCACGCCCGCCACCAGGCCAUCGUCGCCGAGCGCAAGCUGUUGGCGCUGAUUUAUAUACUAUGCCGUGUCCUCAUCGAGAUCGUGCGCCAGCUGACGCUGAUGGGCCCCGAAUUGCGAGAUAAACUUGAGGAAAUCGUCUACUCCCAGUUGAAGACUACCGACCCGGUGGCGACGCUGCAACUGUUGACGCGGUUAGCCAACUGGACGCUCUUCUGCGAGCUCUUGGGCCACAUGAGUCACGACCAUUUUGUGUCAGUAUCUGACCGGUUUAUUGCCGAUCUUGAGCGCUAUGGCCACGGAGAACUGAUCCCCGUACACGAUGAGCCUCGUUUGCAUUUACUUAUUCACGGCAUGAGAUUUUUAGAAUUGCGCAAUUACCCUCCGGAAGACUUUGAGGAAACGUCAGAAUUUGUGUGUCUGCUAGCUCGGUUCUUCGCCGCGCUGACAAAUGAGACUGUCACUUUCGCUUACUGUGAAGUUAUUGGCAAUAUGUUACUCCCUUUGGCCCAUCAAUUGACGGCAGAAGUGAACCACCCGGUGUGGAUGGAGGCGAUGGAAAUCUUGUACGAGAAAGCUAGUAAGCUCUGGCAAGCGCUGCUUUCAGUGGCCGAUGACGGUGGCGGUGGCGCCCAGGCAUGGCUGUACCUGGUCCACUUGAUGACGGCAGUAUUGGCCUGUCUGAGACGGGAAUUGUUCUCCAAUACCUGGUUUGAGAUGCUCCAACGCAAUAGCUUUAAGCUCAGGGCCAAAGUUGACGUUGAGGACAGAAUCACCUACGUGGUGUGUGCGGCUCGCUUGAUGUGGGUGUAUUUGUACCGGUUACCUGAUACCCUCAACAACACGCUUAAAAAGCUUGACCAGGCGGUGGAAAUGCUUUUGCUUCAACCGACAAAGAAGAACGGCCAAUGGCUUACUAAUGACCAGUACCUUGUCGGUGCCCUGGUGGAAUUUUUGCGGGUAGCGGGCUACAGUCACCUUAAUCACAUGCUUGAAAACGUGUUCAUUCCUGCGUUCAAUUCAAGCUUUAAUGGGAAUCUGUUAGAGGGGAUGUGUCCGGAAAAACUUGUGGUUCUCAUCCGGGCUUAUUUGGUGAUAUUAGAAGACUAUGAAGUGGGUCAAAAGCCUAAGUUCCCUCUGGACGAAGUGCUUAGUCAACGGCUCAAAGGACCCUUUGGCAGACCACUCGCUGCAACCCUGCUGCCCUCUACCACCAGACUGCCGAUUGCCGAGUUCCUGUUUGCCGCUCGCACGUCGACCAACCGUGCUCUGCAUGACGAAAUCUGUCGCAUUUUAGCCAACUUAUUGCGUGUAUUAGACACUCAAUAUGGCGCUCAUCCUGAUCCCGUGGUGCUGGAAACUGCUCCCACACAGGCAUCACAGAAGUUCUACUCCCAUUUCGGGCUUGAUUUCUCGUUCCAACAGACUAAGGAGCUCCAUUUGGAAGUGUUCGUGACAUUGCUUGAAGCCGUACCCUGGGCAUUAGCUCUGGGGGCCGAAGUGGUUCCCUAUAAGCUGGUGGUGGAGUUAUUAACUCGUAAUGUUGUCCAUGAGAAUAGAGAGGUGGCGAUGGCACUGAUGACUGCCCUUCAAAAGAUGGCGCUGCGGCGUAACGCUCUGGUGGUGGUUACCCAUUUUGCCAAGUAUGCGUUCAAUUUAAGCGAUAAGCCAGCUCCAUACAACCAGGCAUUUUUAACACUGGCUCAAUUUAAACGGCUCUUGAAGCUUUAUGUUGAAUUACUCAAUUGCUGGGUGACGCUGUUCCAACAAACAAGAAAGCCAGCGAAAAAGGGCCACCCUCUCAACCAGGACGACGAGAGAAUGCUGCAGGACGUGCUCAACGACUUAUACCAGGUUACUUACUCCGUCGGUGACGGCACUACCAAUAAACCCCAGCACCAGCUGCUGCCCUCCGAUGAGCUUGAGUGGAAAGCCAUUAUUACCGUGAUUGAGGAAAUUGAAGGUAACGGUUUAUACUUUGUUUGUCUGAACGAUAACAAAGUGCGCCACUACGGGUUUGCCAUCUUGAAAUUAGUGGAGUUGUUUGACCGCGCUAUGACCUCAGCCGACGAAGAGAGUAACCCUAGCGCCGUGCACCUGCGCAGCUCGCUGAAGUUCGCUGCCGACGCCGGUACUCGUUUGAUCCACAUCUUGGAAAAGCUUGAUUUGUUUGAGCUUGUAGCUCCGUUGAUGGAUGAAUUGACCCAACCGGAAAGGGCGAGAAUUGCCAAAUUACGCCAUAAACCGGUGGCGAGAAUGCUCAUUAAGAUUGCCGAAAGCGACUACGGUCUUGAUGUUACCCUCUGGCAACGGCUUUUCGCGAAAGUGGUAGCCAUUUGCUUUGAGAAGUGUCCCAUGCCUGUGGCCAUUUGCCGCCUGGUGGUGUGCACGCGGUUGGUGCAAAUGCACGAUCUUGUCGUUGAUUACAGCAACCAGGGCUCAGACGGUGCCAACAAGACGUUCAGUGGUUUGUUCAAGCCUGUGGGCCACGCCCCGCCUGAGCUCUUAGUGGAACAGUGGAAGCUCUAUUUGAUCUUCGCCUGCUGCUUACUCACGUCCACCAGCGAGCAAAAGCUUUCAUUCCCUACAAACACUCCCACAACAACCACGGGAGGCCGUAAGAAGCUGAACAGCGGCAGCAGUGGCGGCGUCUAUAUCCAGCACCAGACCAUCACUCUGGCGAAGCUGGUAUUCCGCAUGGUGCUCCCUCUCCUCAAAUCAUCGCAGACGAUGGUUCGUGAUGCUGCUCGCCAAGGUCUCAGUUGUCUUAACAUCAAUGUUUUCCGCUCGUUUUUGGAGUCGUUACCCACCAAUGCCACUGAAUGGAGCGCUUCGUCUACCUCCACCAAUGGAUCCAACAACACCGCAGUUCCCGCGGUGCCUGCUCGGGACGUCGCUGGCGAUCGUGCCCGGGUGGAAAUCGUCCACAUUUUGGCAGUGGUGAUGUCGCGGUUUGUUGAUGAAGCCGUCAUUUUUGAUGACGAAUGGAUUGUCGCUAACUUGGUUAGCUUAGUCAAGAGUGUCAAGACGUUUUUACUGCGUCUGGAAGUGCAAACGGCGUGGGAGUACCAACGGCUUAGACGGUUCUGGUGUCAAUUUCUCCACCCCGUGCUCCAGGGGUUACAAAAGCACCGCAGCGACAUCGACCGGUGGAUGCCGUUUGAAGCACGUAUCGGCUGUUUCCGGUGGUUGACGGAGUGGUGUGGCUACGGCCUGAACAAGGAUAUCGAGUUUGAACGGUAUCUGGCGAUGUACAAGGCCAUCGGCCACCCCAAUCACCGCGAUGCCGCUCAAGUGGCGGCGAAACUCGAAGUGGAACGCAUGGCGUUACAGGCAGCGGCACUUGAAGCAAUGGCGACAAUCGUGGCUCUGCCCACAGUGUGUGAUGUUCCCGUGGGAGAACACACGAUUACCAUGCUGUUUGACAUCCCCAACACCAUGGCGUGGAUCAAGUUGUUGAUGGUAUACCACGAGAAUGAUGACCGUCGCUGGUUGAAAGUGGGUGAACGGGCAUUUGCCAAUAUUGUCCUGAGUCUGUUGGCUCAGUGUCGUCCUAUGAGCGACGAGAUUAUCAAGGAGCUUUUCUCCAGCGAUGUUGCCCAAUUGACCGAGGUCUAUUUCACUGGUUACGUGCGUGAGUUUGUCAAACACGACCCGAAACUGUUUGGCGACGACUUGACCCAUCAAGUGAUGUGUUUGGCGACGUUUUUGGUUGGUCACCACCAGCAACUGGUGCGGUCGGUGGCGCUUGAAGUGAUGGCGUUUUUGGAACCCCACAUCGUGCCUGACCGUGCUCCUGACCAGCUCCGUAUCGCUCUGUUUAGAGAACUGGUGAUGCUGCAACUGAAAGUGGUGUACAAGAAGGCCCUCUUUGACAUUCUGACCCACUUGGCGCUGGCUGACUCUCAGGGGACGUUGCCGCGGAUUCUGUACAUGACCAAGUACUUUUCCGUGGUACUGGCGCUGGGGAGACGGGACCUUUUGGCGUGUCUCUUACCGUGGAUGCUGGCGGUGAUCUUAGCUUACGAUGAGACUGAACCGGUGGGCGAUGUUCUGAAACCAUUGACUCAAGGACGCCUCAACACGGGCCUGCUUAUGGUGCUCAAUAACUUGUUCGAAAUCACGCUUUUGUUUGCCGACACCAUCUCCAACGAGGUCGAGGCGCUCUGGGUAGCGUUGGGCCUGACCCACGGAAACUUCGAUAAGAUCUUGGACUUCAUCCUCUCGUUGUGCUUGGAAAGAAAACAUCCGGAAUUCGUCGUCCACCUGAAGCAGAUUGUCGACUACUUGGCGUUCAACAACUCGCAAAACCAACAGGACUUCUACUACAUUGUUGACAAGUUCUUGGACAACUUGCACCCGCGGCUGAUGGUGCCCCCGCAACCGAAACGGUUUACUACGGAUGUUAUUGACCCUCACAACUUCCUGUACGUGGCCGACGUGUCGCUUUUGAUCCCCUAUAAUGAUAAGGACCCGCUGUUCUCUUUAGGGCAGCUCAGUUUAACGUUUAUGGUUGAUUUGUUUACGAUUGGUCUGCCUCAGUUUGCCGAUAAAGUGGCCAUGCUCGUGCACGUGCUGAUUGUCCUCUUGGACCAUUACCUCCCCUUGAUCCAAGACCAGGCGCUGGAGAUGUUGAUUCAUUUGUUGCACCAUCUGGACCCUCAAGGGGAACACGCGGAAUUAGUUGAAGAAACCAGUGAUAUGCUUCGCCAGGGAAGACUUUGGGCCUAUGAUGAUCUCAACAAUGAUGAUGUCAAGAGAGGGGCUCGUACUCCCAUUCCGAUGGACCGUUUGGUGCGCAACGUAUUGAAAGUGGUGCCUCAUCUCCAAGUGCAGUGGCUGAGAGUAGCCCUCCAUUGGGCCACUACCUGUGCCGUACGCCACAUUGCUUGUCGCCUGUUCCAAGUGUUCCGUCUGCUCCUCCUGUUCUUGGACCAGCUGAUGCUUCGCGACAUGCUCCACCGGUUGCUGAACACCAUUGCCGAUGACACCGACGACAUCCAGGGUUUUGCCAUGCAGAUUCUCAUGACGUUGAAUGCAAUUGUCGCCGAGCUUUCGCUGGAAAAGCUCAUCGACUUCCCGCAGUUGUUCUGGCUGGCAGUGGCGUGUUUGUACACAGUACACGAGCCGGAGUACAUCGAGCUGUUGCUGACGAUGGCGAAGUUCGUGCUGAAGAUCGACUUGGCGGCGCCCGAUACCAUUCUGUGCCUUAUUCUGACGUUCCCGCCGAAAUGGGAGGGCCGGUUUGCUGGACUCCACCAAGUGAUCCUUGCGGGUACGAGACUGGGGAGACUGUGGGACUCGACCAUUAAGCUUAUGGAUAAGCUUUUGGUGUUGCCUGAUUCCGAGGUGAUUGGUGUCGGUUCUCACCGGCUUUUGAUGGCUUUCUUGCCCAACAUUCCCCGGUUCUUACACGCGUUACUGCUUCAUAAGAUCCCCUCCGACGUCGCCACAUGUGCCCUGAACCUUGCCGCUUUGGCCACUGCUCACAACCGCCCUCACGUCGCCCGUAUCUUGGUGCUGAUCUCGAAGAACAGGUUUAGACUGAAAGACGACUUCAUCGUGCUGUGUGUCCACACGUUGGAGCGCGAGUUCUUCCCGCGAUAUGAGGCGCAACUGGUGGUGCUUUUGAUGGGGAUGUUAGCCAACCUGAUCGACUGGGUUAAGCUUGAAACGCUUGCUUUCUUGCGUCACUUGCUCCCCGUGAUUAACUUAUCGAAGCCUGAAUACAGCGGUGUCGGUGCUGACUUGAUCAGCCCGCUUUUGCGGUUGUUAUUGACGGAACACGCCGAGAGUGCCCUUCGGGUGUUGGAUGAAGUGGAACACAUCCUGGGGUCUCAGUUAGACCGUGAGGUAUUGCGUAUGGCUCUUGGUACCACUGGAGCCGCGGCUCGCGAGUCUCAGGACAACGUCACUGCCCUCUUCGGUAUCCCUCAAGAACUGGGCUGGAGUGUGCCUACACCGUCGUUGGCGGCUGCCAAUACCCGCAACAACGUCCAUGCCGUCUACCUCACGUGUACCCCUACCGUGGUCGAGGAAGACGGCCUGGAUGACGACACUAUUGAGUUCCACCGCGAAUUACCAGGUCAAACACCCGCGUACUCGCCUCAAGAGGCUGAUGCCGAUGAAGUAUCGAUGGCGGUUACUGACGACCACGAGGCGCUGUUGCUGAACGUGUGGGCCGCUUUGGACGAUCUCGACUCCUUCUUCACUAAGGAGCAACCCGAAGCCGGCAUGGCUCUCCCCGCGCUGGAACUGGUGCCUCAGGUGUACGAGAACGACGUGCUGUUCAUUCUCAACCGGCUGUUGGCCCGCACCCAGCUGAACAUCCUGUUCCGUACGGGUUUGGCCGAUACUCCCAUGGUGAACCUGCCGCCACCAGUACUGCCGCAGAUGGGGUACCACUCGCUGGCGAUUGCCCCCCGCCGUCUGUACAUCCCCUUCCGGCUGAAGCGGGCUGAUACUACGCCGAGAAUCGAUAACCACCAGUUUGAGGCUACUACUCCUACUACGCUGUCGCCCUACGCCAACGGCAACUCCAACUCGGUAUCGACCAUCAUCACUGAAGGAAAUCUGCCCACGGAAAACCCGCCCCCGCACCACUCACCACUCAAUUUGCACCACUUGCCCCUGACGCGGUUUGAGGGUAUCUUGGGUGGGUCAUCGCGUAAACGGCUGCGCAAAUCACUAGUGCUGCCUCCGGUACUGGUGGUGCAACUUCCAGAGAAUCCUACCGUGGCUACGGCUAAUAUUUUGAAUCAACCCAUCUCGUCGCCGGUGCACAAUCGACCUAAGCGAUAA